AACAGGGCUGCACAAAGGCAGCGGGAGAGCUGGGGAAGGCCCAGGCUUUAAAGAACAAGAGUGACUUGAGUAUGUUGUGCUGUGCCUGCAGAGAGGAGGAGAGGCAUGGAGCAGCCCUGGCUUAAGAUGCUCUGCCCCUUUAAGAGCUGUGCGCCUCCAGAGGUAGGAAUGGAAGUGAUGGAGAGGGGUGGGAUUGGCCUAUGUGACAGGCAGCUGGAGGCAAGCUACAAGGGUGGGCGGAUGUGUAGAAACCUCUGGUGUUUGGGAAGCUGCAAGGCAGUCCGCUGUGCAAACGGGGUAAGAGCCACAACCAUUGCUCCUUCCACUUUCGGUCUCUCCUGCCCAACCUACCAACUGGCAUGCAGCCCCUGGACUGCUGACUACAGGCAGCUUGCUUCAACAAGAAUCAAGAUACAUUAUAUAAAAAAGACAAAUCCCACAUUCAACACAGCUGUUAAUGAGAAAAUCCUACAUUUGUAGUAACACAAUUAAGCAGCAAAUCUCUAAAAACUAAAAUAAAAACAAAAGUGAAUUAUUUGCAAAAUGAAAAUAUAUCAGAAUGCAGCAGAUAUAUAUAUAUAUAUAUAUAUAUAUAUAUAUAUAUAUAUAUGGACCACAUGACUAUUACAAAAAAGCGCCCCCAGAUGUAAUAUUACAAAUCAGGAAUUAAGUGCCACCCUCACUCCUCCGACAAUUACACUCCCCUUGCUUGCUUCCAUCACAUAGUACCAUCCACUCAAUUCUCACUUUGGCAAAACACUCAAAACAUUCAACAACCCAUCAUCAUGUCCAAAUCCAGGUGAAAAGACAAAAAACCAACAUCUCUCACUUGGGAUAACACAAACACCUUUUCCCCAUCUGUUAUCAAGGGAGAUUAAACCCUUCCCCACCAAGAGACCCUCACCCUGGGGGGUGGGCUUCAGGCCCAGCCACCAACGCCCUUGAGUCUUGACCCUCACAGAACAAUAAUGGCGGAAGAACAAUAAACUGAAAAGGACAAAUCGUAGCAGGGAUAGGAACAUUCUGCAUACCAUUUGGCUAGCAGUUACAGUGAGAACUUGGAUGCACCACUGAGUUGGAUGGCUUUAAAACAGGACUGGACAAAUUCAUGGAGGUUAAGGUCACAGGGACCACUAGCCAGGAUGCCUCUGCUCUGCCUCCAUGGUUGGAAGCAGAAAUGCUUCUGAAUACCAGUUGCUGGAAAGACGAAGGGAAAGUGCCCUUGUGCUCACGUCUGGCUGUGAAGGUUUCUCACAGGCAACUGACUGGCCACUAUGAGAACGGGAUGCCUGACUGAACCAGGCUCUCCUUGUGUCCUUAACUUGCUCUUUUACUUCUUUUGCUGACUUUCACCAUUGCUAUCACCAGUGCUUUUUUUCUGGGGGGAUGCCAGGGUACGCAUACCCCUAAACAUUUUGUGAAUCUAAGUUUGGCCUCAUUGAGCGGCAGUUUUUCAAUAUGAGUGGGAAAAUGAGAGUACCCCUAAACAUUUUUUUAGGAAAAAAGCACUGGCUGCCACGGGCAAAAAGGACAAUGUGAAAGCUACCUAUUGCCACAUUCUGAGCUGAUUGACGUGUGUUCUGGUAUUGUUUGGGGGGGGGACUGCUUGGCUCAGUGGUGGUCUGCUGGCUGAGCUCCUUUGGCUCACACCUCUGUGCAAGCAGGUCUCAGGUAAUAAGUACCUGAAGGGUGGGAAGAGCAGAAACAUCCCAGAUGUUUCCUAUCCAGCUCCACUCCACCAACCCCAGUUCCUUCCCACUCCCCACAGUUACCAAUACCAGGAGGGGAAAAUGUACAAAAUGGUAAUCACUUAGCAAAUAAGCUAUGUUUACAAUUUAAUUGAUAUGAUUUAUACUGAUUGCAGGAUUCAGUCUUUUCUCCAGGGCAGAAUUCAUGCAGCCUUGCUGAGAAAUCUUCCUUGUCAACAGUUUGGAUCCUUUUCUCUCUCGUGUUUUUCUCCAGGGACAUCUGCUUUAGAGAUGGCCUUGGGCCCCCUCAUCUUCCUGGCUGUGCUAGCUCUAGUUCACCACCCCCUGAUGGUCAGUGACCACACAGACUUGGCCACACUGGACCGGCUCCAGGAGCAUGAGAAGCUGAUGAAAACAGAAAUGGGACGCCUGCAGACAGAAUUUGACCAGAAGGGCUGGAGCUGGGACCCAAGGCAGAGCCGGGAGGAUUGGGUGACAACCGAUCCGGCAGCAGAGGAUGGAACCUGGGAUGGGUGGCACUACGUAGGGCUGGUCAUUCUCAUCCUGUUUGGGUGCUGCAGACACACCAUAGAGAAGGAACCCAGUUAUGACUCCAGCACAGACAGCUCCAGCACCACCACCAAUGAAGAAGACUAUGACGACACUGACAUGGAACCCGAAUAUGACGAAUCCAAGCAAAAAAUGCUGGAGACCUUCUAUGACCAGCAUGUUGACCUGGAAACCAGUGAUCUGACCAGCAUGUGUGAUUUUGUGGAGACCUUUGUGAAUGACUUGCUGGAGGCUUGUCGCGGAGCCCUUCCCUACCAGAACACCCUCCCAGUGCUGGAGAAUUGCAUUGGGGUGGACAGUGCCUUUGAAGGAUGGCACACACAGAAGCCUUCCAAAGCUUUCCGCGUUCUCGUGCCCGUACUGCCACCCAAGGGGCACUCUUUCCACAUUGAAACUAGUGAAUCUGAGGGUGCCCCAAGCACACAUGGACACAUCUUGGUGGAGACAGAAUGUGUGUGCAAGAGAGAGAGGCUCCUGGGGGACGUGGUGUGUUUCCUUCACCAUCCAGAGCAAGAACUGAGCAGUGACAAGCAGGGAAUCUUCCUUAUCCACGUUUUGUGCACCAGCUUCCACUUGGAUGUGGAGAAAACCAUCCACUGGUUCCAAGGCCUGGUGGGCAAGGCCUGGCCCAGUAUGCAGCCCAAGUACAACCUUGACCUUGUGCUUCAGCCUUCUAAUUCAACAUGUCGACUGAACUUGGCAUUCCGGUCAGGCAGGUCGAUCUCUGUUGACAUCAUACUCGGGGUGCAGCAAGGAGACUCCUUGGUCUUCCUGGCCACCCAACCUGCCGAGAUGGAUCGUUUGACUGGCACUGUCUGGCAGAAGUCCUUUGCUGUCCAGGAGUUGCUCUUUUUUAAGUGGGUGAGCCAGCGAGUCCCAGAGGAGAGCUGCCACCUGAAAUGUCUCCAGAUCAUAAUCUAUUUCAAAGAGUCCAGCCCAUCGGAGGGGAAGAACAUGGUGCUCACCAACUAUCACUACAAGACUUGCCUGAUGCAUCUCUUGCUCUUUCAGCCCCCGUUGGACUGGGGCCCUGAGAGCUCUGCACGAAGACUUCAGGACAUCCUCUUGUAUAUGCACACCGCCCUGCAGGAGAUAUAUCUUCAGCAUUUCCUUAUUGGUAACAUCUCCUUGCCUAUCCAGAUCCCUAUGCCUAAGGCCCUCCGGAGUGCGACACCCGUAAAUCUUUUCAGGCACUUGGCAGAGGACCCAAACCUUCAUGCCAAGGCAAUGAAGGAGUUUGCAGAGGUUGUACAACCAGUGAGGGCUCUGUUGACAGGGUACCGACAGUAGCAAAAGUCAGCUCUGUUAGAAAGACCAGCCUUUUGUGGCUCUUCAUAGACCCACAUACCCUAACAGGGUUGGAAAGGCAGAGGGCGGUGGCCAGCAAUGAAACAAAGCUGGCUUAGAUGUGUAGGAGCAUCUCUGAUCCUGGGAUGGUGCCAUGUGGGUAUCUUCACAAUGUUCCCAUGCUCCAGAUUGAUCUGGUAAAAAGCAGGUGAGGCUGCAAAAGGACCCAUCAAACCAUGCUGGUUUACAUUCUUAGUGCCAACUACUCUUCUGUAUUUUUAUAUGCUCCAGUUCCAAAAGAAUUUGCUAUAUUAAUCUUGAAAUAAAGGUUCCAGCAAACUGUGUUCUUAAAUGCC